CUUUCCUUGGUCACACUGCAAAUGACACAAAAGCAAGGGAAAAUUUCUGCGUACGGUUCGUGUGCUGUGUGUUCAAAUUCCAAAUAGCCACCAAUCCGGUGUUAAACGUGUGAAACCCUCGGCUAUGAUUACAAAUAUCACAUUACUAUAUAAAUAAAAAGUCGAUCAAAUUCGAUCGAAUCGAAAUCGCUGCGAUUGCACUCAAGGUGGCCUGUCCCGUUGCUAAUAAGUGUUCGCGAAUGAGAGCAAAGCAGAUGGCGAAGAGCGUCCCGCGCUUCAGUGUGUGUGUGCGUGAACGAGUAGAAAGCGGCGGUAAAAACCUUCGCGUGUAACAUACAACCAAAAAAACAACCAUUUUUAAUAUAAAAAAAAAUAUAAUCUAUUACUCAGUGACACAUAAGUACAAAUAGUACGCAGGGAAUUUGAAAAAUCUAUAGGAAAUUAUAGGAGCAACAGUCGCCGAGGAGCGGAAUCUGCAGACGAAAACAAAAACGCUUUAAAAACGCAGUCGCCGAUACAGAAAGUGCCAGCGUGUGAGUGUGCAUAUGUGUGUACGUAGUAGUAGGAAAGGAGAACGGUGAAGUGAGAAAGAUAGAAAGAAGAAAAAAACCUAACUGGCUGUGCAAAACGCGCGACUGAUAAAGAUUGUGAUAAUCACAGAAUAUAAUAAAGAAACGGUGAAGAAACCACAAUCAAAAUUGGUUGAAUAAUAAUAUUUAAGCCAACGCCAGUGCUGAAAAAAUCGGUCCGCAUUAUCAUCGAAACGUUCAGUGUUGCACAUCGUAGCCGCCCCACGCAUAAUCCAACACUUUCCCCCUCUCCGUCCGUACACACAAACACACACGGAUUUGGAUUUUGAUUCCUACCUCUGCAUUAUAAUAUUGGGAUUGUUUUCACUCGCGAGGUGAGUCGAAGAUCUUAACAAUGCGCCACGAUCAGUCACUGGUCUUUUUUAGUUUUUUUUAUUAAUUGUUUUUUACGUAAGGAAUACGUAGAAUAAUUUAAAAAAAAAAACUUAAGAUUUCGGAAAAAGGAAAAUAGGGAAAACUUAGCCAUGAGUCGUCUGCAGAAGCAACAUUACGAGAUCUUGAGCAGCGGCACAAGCAAAUCGCGCCGCAAAAAUCAACAGAAUCCCCUCGAAUUGGGGUCGCCAUCGGUCGAGGAACAGGAUCAGGUGGGGCGGAAUCAUCUAAAUGGUAACGUCGUGGCCAAUGGCAAUGGCAAAAAGCGGAAGAAUAGUAAAUCCAAAACGUUGACCAAUGGUAAAAAGUCCAAAACGAAUCAGGAGGAUUCUGGUUCCGGAUCUGGCAAAUCAUUGAUAUAUAACAAUAAUAAUAACAACAACAACAGCAUCAGUGUCACCAAUGGUCAGUACAACAACAGCAACAGCAAGACCACAUCAGCAUCUGCAAGGGAUUAUAAUUAUCGUGAGACCAUAUCACCGCCAACACCUCCAUCGCCGCCAACUCCAAAUGUGGCGGAAAUUGUUUGUAUUUCGGAUGCAGAAAGCUAUGACGGACGGGAUCCGGAGCGGGACUUUUCAGAUCAGGAAGUAGAGGAGGAGGAGGGAAACGGGAUUGAUGAAUCGAGCCCAACAAAGUCUAAGACGAAGUCCAACAAUGCUGCUGCAGCAGCGGCGGCCGCAGCAGCAGCAGCAGCAGCAUCGAUGGCCUCAUCAUCGGCCACGCCAUCCUACGCCAUGCCCACCAGCAACAGUACACCCCUGGAUCUCGACAAUGAGUCCCAUCAACGAGACUUGGAAACUGUCACCGAUCUGCGAUCCUAUGUCAAAUUGUACAGUGAUGAGGCCGUCAGUCUGAAUGAUUUCAAAAUAAUACGUGUUCUUGGAACAGGUGCCUAUGGACGAGUUUUUCUCGUUCGCAAGCUAACAAGACACGAUGCCGGAAAAUUGUAUGCAAUGAAGGUUCUCAAUAAGAUAACCGUAGUCCAGAAGCGAAAAACCGCUGAACAUACCAAAACGGAGCGAGUGGUAUUGGAGGCCGUUCAGCGUAGUCCCUUUCUCGUGAGUCUCCACUAUGCUUUUCAAUCCUCUUCGAAGCUUUAUCUCGUCUUAGACUUUGCUAAUGGCGGAGAACUGUUCACGCAUCUCUACCACGCGGAGCACUUUGAUGAAUCCCGUGUGCGGGUGUACAUAGCCGAGGUGGUGCUGGCCCUGGAGCAGUUGCAUCAGCUUGGCAUAAUCUAUCGAGACAUUAAGUUGGAGAAUAUUUUGCUUGAUGGCGAGGGGCACAUUGUUUUAUCCGAUUUUGGGCUCUCGAAGAUCCUAACCGCGGAGAAUGAAUAUCGGGCGCACAGUUUCUGCGGGACCUUGGAAUACAUGGCGCCGGAGAUUAUCCGGACGGGACCACCCGGGCACGACAGUGCCGUGGACUGGUGGUCAGUGGGUGUGCUCACCUUUGAACUGCUUACCGGUGCUUCGCCGUUCGCAACAUCCGACGGACAGAGUCAACAGUCGGAGAUUUCGAGACGAAUCCAGAAGGAACAACCUCUGAUACCAUCCUCAUUUAGCGCCAACGCUCGUGACUUUGUGUUGAAGAUGCUGGAGAAGAACCCAAAGCGUCGGCUGGGGGGCAAUCAUCGAGAAGCCAGCGAGAUCAAGGAUCACCCCUUCUUUCAUGGCAUUAACUGGCAGGAGCUGCGCAACAAGCGGCGCAAGGCGCCCUACAAGCCCACCCUGACAGCCGAGGACGAUGUGCAGAACUUCAGCAGCGAGUUCACAGACCAGGUGCCCGAAGACCCCGAAUGCGAUGCCCCUCCCAGCCGAAUCAAGCUUUUCCGCGGAUACACGUACGUGGCCCCCGAGCAUUUAGAGCAGAUGCGACGGGAUAACCAUUGCCAGAUCCAAUACUGUAAUCCAGGACUUCAGAAUAUACCUUCACGCCCGGAUGACCUUGAGCUUGGUACCCGCACCGUAAGCGGUGCCUUUGGCACGUGCCAUUUUGUAGUCGACAGUUCCACGGAGAUGGUGUUUAUGGCCAAGGUCAUACCAUUGUCUAGGUUCCGACCCUCUGAGGUUGAUGCACUGAUCUCGUGCGCUCUGGACGUAGCCGGCCACAAAAAUAUUGUGAGCUACCAUGGAACGUUUAGGGAUAAGUGCGAGACGUGGAUUAUUAUGGAGUACCUGUGUGGCGAGGAACUGACCGCGUCUAUUCGCAUGGACGAGGACUCGUGUCGGGAGAUUUUCCUGCAGCUGGUCAUGGCCGUGCGGCACGUCCAUUCGAAGCAUUUUAUACACGGUGACCUGAAACCUGAGAACGUAAUGUUUGAGAGCCGGGAGGAUAAGCACGUCAAAUUGGUCGACUUUGGCAAUGCCUGUUACAAUAGCUGUUUCCAGAGCUGGAAAGACAAGCCGCGCUACACGUUGGACUAUGCUCCUCCUGAAAUGCUCGCGGACUCGAAUCUCGUCACUUAUUCACCAGCGGUUGAUAUCUACGGUCUUGGUGCGACAUUGUAUACCAUGUUGGUGGGUCAUGCACCUUACAGGCAGAAUGUGAACGAUGUGGAUCACUCCCCAUCUGCCCAUCAUGAUAUUCGCAAGCGCAUUCGUCGGGAGACGUUUAACCAGCACUCUAAGCGCUGGGAAAAUGCAAGUCCUGCGUUCCGGCAGCUGGUGUGCUGGUGCCUGCAGCGAGAUCCGGCCAAUCGACCUACACUGCUAGAAAUUCUUGACAGUGAAUGGCUGCAUUACAGCACCAACGAUCCAGACGUGGACAUUAUUGUACCUGCAGAGCAGCAGAUGGUUGUGGACCUCAGCGAAGACACCAUGGAGCAGCCGGCGUUAGGUAUGUCGAUCGAGCAGGAACGGCCAGAGUCCACAUUCGAAAAGGCUCCAGAGGAUGAGGGCUUAAUCCAACUCAGCGAAUCCACGGAUGCUACUCCCACAGUGGAAUCUAAAACGUUAGCUCCCACUUUGACUGCCGCAAUUGUUCCUCCUUCUGACGAUGAAGACCUAGUAGUGCACGAACGAUUUGACCCGAUUUUCGAGAUCCAAGCUGAUUUCUGCGGCUUUGAUGAGGAAGCGCCGCCUUUGGCGCGUUUUGUGGAGUUAUGUUCCGAACUGUCUCUGACACAGGAUGAUCAGGAGUACAUGCCACCGCCACCAGCUCCAGUCUUAGAUCGUGUCGAAUUAGUACCAGCAAACCAACGGCCGAGAACACGCCAGCAACUUCGAUCUGAAUGCCAGAUAUCACUCGGUGCUCCCGCUCUGGAGGACAGCAAAGCGUCCUUACGCUUGCUCAUGCAAGAACUUCCACCGCCCAUUGACAUCGUGGUGAACCGCAUUCCGAAGAGAACCCAGAGAGUUGUUCGUACAUUACCUCCGUCGUUCGGAACCACCAAGCAUGAGGAGAGUUUCCAUGGUUUUAGCAAAACGGCAAACUCCUGGCGAAAGGCCCGGGCUAGCUGGCGGCACUUCUGUCUGCUUAUCAAUGGUGUGCAGCAGGUGCUUAAGAUUAAGUUCAAAAAAGCACGUCGCGUUUAUUGCUUGCCAAACAUAAAGUUAGAAAAGUUGGACGAUGCCUAUGAAAAACCGCUGAUCUUCCCGCGGCCCAAGAGGCAAUUGAAGGGUACAAAACGGGAGCCCAAGGUGCCGCGGCCACCUACGCGAGUGCAACCGGAGAGGGCCCGGGCGCUGCGGCAACGAUAUCAGUUCCAAUGACAUGAGGAUGACGACGUCGAUGAUCUGGAGGUGGUGGAAAUCAUGGACGAGCAGCUAAAUGAGAGAGAUGAGCAACCGCGAGCGGUGCUACUGUGGGAGGGUGACUUUAGAAGACCACGGAUGUACAGCUGACGACAAACAUUGACCCAAUGGCCCCCCCAGAACAACGACGACCAGACCCCGGCCAAAACAGCGGGUGUAGACCCCUUGGUGUUCUGCACCCAGCAACGCACCCACUAACAAUGUAGAGCAGCAGUUAAAGGAUCCGCAAGACGCACCAAAGAUCCUGUCAAUAAAUAUUUAAAAAAUUGUUAUGCAUUACUCUAA